UCCCACCGAGUCGUGACGCCGUGAAUGAGGGUGCUCUCUCCCCUCGCAACCCCGACAUGACUCCCACUUCACUUUGCGAUGUCUUCCUCCUUUUCACUUGAUUCAGACGACGAAUAUGGAUACGAUCUUUCUUUGGAGGACGAGACUUUGCUGAGCCAGCUCAUUACCGACAACCCCGCCCCCACCUCUACCUCAUCGCGGAACCCCGCUGCUCCCUCAAUCGCUUCAGAUUUUGGCAUUGAUACCGUUACCGAAGAGGAAUUCCGCCUUGACGAUGCUCCCGCCGAGGUUCUCUCCUACCGCACGACUGGCACAGCCAAGGGCCCUUUACGAUCUAGCCGGAGUCGCUCAAAGGCAACCAUUACCGACAAUACGAAGCAGGCAGAUCUUCCCCCGGCGUCACCUGGCCACUCCGUCGCCUACCCGGAUUUGAGCAGAGCCCUCUCGAAUAGCAAUGCUGCUCCCUCAUCACCAAAACCAUCCGAGAAGGCCACGCCUGAGCCAGAUAAUGAUACCCGAUCGCCGCUUGUGCGGUUCCGCUCGUUUCCUCGCAAGCCACUCACCGUCACCGACUUGACCUCCGGCGCAUGGUGCGAGCUGCAAUACUUCUACACCCUCACACGCCUGCCCUACGGCCGGAAGACUCGGACGGCGGCGAUGAAGCAGGGGACAAAGGUACAUCAAGACCUCGAAGACGAAGUACACAAAACAGUCCGCGUCGAGAUAGCGAGCAAAGAAGAUGGAUUUGGUCUUCGAAUGUGGAACCUAAUCCAGGGACUUCGAACACUUCGCGAGACCGGUAUGACCCGCGAGCUCGAGGUCUGGGGAUUCGCCGACGGGAACCUGGUCAAUGGAGUCAUUGACGGUCUGAGCUACGAGAACCCGGACCCAGAGUUCAUGGAGCAGCUUAGCCAGGAGUCUGAACAGAACCAGUCGAGCAUCACUGACUACUUCCCUUCGAAGAAGCAGGCGAACAUACCCCAGAUCUACUUGACGGAUGUGAAGACGCGGGGGUCCAUGAAGGCACCAAGUAGCCCUGCAUUGCUGCGGCCCGCAAAGGUCCAGCUCUUCCUGUACCAGCGUUUCCUGUCAGAAAUGGCAGCGGAUAAGCUGGACUACCUUCGUAUCUUCCGGCGCUACGGUCUGGACCCAGACGUGCCGUUUUCUGACUCGUUCAUUGCCCAGAUUGGCAGCCUGCACGACGAACUAUUCUUCGAUGUGGAUUCCUCGCCUGAUGGGGACUACAUCCCGCCGUCUCCCAUCACAGCAACGUUCGAUACUGAAGCAGAUGAAGAGAACCGAGGUACUUCGGCACCGGACUUCAUCAAAUACAGGACACUCCGAGAACUGCUGCUACUUCUCAUAUCGGAGUUGCGCCAAACCUUCCCCCAUGGAGCCGACUCCGUGGGUCGACUCCUUGCUGUGGAGUACAGAUACCGUGGAGAUGGCUCGCUCAUUGACAGCCAGGUCUUCCCCAUGGACGACCGGGCGCUGAACCUCUACUUGGGCAGCACGAUGGAGUGGUGGCGAGCGGAUCGGCAGCCGCGGGGUGUGCAGAUUGAGGAGGCGUACAAGUGCCGCAUGUGCGAGUUCGCUGGAGACUGCACGUGGCGGUCUGCCAUGGAUGAGGAGAGGUUGCAGAACACGCGACAGCGUUUGGAGAGUAGAAGGAACUAUGUUACAGGUGGCUGAUAUAGCGAUAUUGCUUCUUUGGCUUUUGAAAUGGCAAUUUCUCCCUUGCGAGGCGCAUUGUUUGGCUGGGAGCGACGUUACAUCUGGUUUGGGUGUUAAGAUAGCUUAUGAAUAUGAGUUUCUGAUGUACAGACGAUGGCUAAUCCAUUGUCAAAUAAUAGUGUGACACAGGGUGGAAGCUCUCAGAGACCAACUGCUGUUAGGGUCCAAAUGAUGAAUUACUGAAAUCUGCCCCCUAGCUAGACGUGUGCUCCCUGUGUGACAUAUAUACGAGCUGCU